CCAUUGUACUCCUUCUGUCUGCUCAGAUUAUCUCCCUUCAGGAUAACCUCUUUUGAGUCCCUUCCUUUUUUCUCUGUCCUUGGUUCUGAACGCAGUUUUAUCUUCAGCUACAUUUAUUCGGCCUAAUUCAGCUCAUUUUUUCGUGUUAAUAGUCUGAAAAUACAGCCACCUUGCAGUGUAAUGUAAGGCAUAUGUUUUUCUUGGGAAUAUAUUUUUCUCCCUUCUUAACCUUACAUGAUAUAAAACUGUUUUCUUUAUCCAUAUUGUAAGGCAACCCUAAAGUCACUGUAUUACCUUUCUUUUACUAAAGUUCUCUAUACAGGCUUCCUUUGAAAAGCUGCCUGAAGAAAAACAUACCUCCGUGUGUCAUUUCUCAGAAAGUACUCAAGGUGUCAGUGUGCGCUAAUAAACGGGAUGGCACGUUCAUUCCCCACCCUUUUGUAUCGACAAAUUCAAGGCCAGGUUCCAUAUUGUGCAGGACUGGACGACAACCGCUUUGUAAUGUGAUUGCUGUGUAACGUCUUCUCGAAAUUCAAGGAAAUCACGACCGUUGAUAUUUUAUUGAAAAAUUGAGAGUGAAUGAGGAGUUUUCUCGUCGUAAUAAUGGAGCACAAGACAUUUGCGGUGCUGUGCGGCCUCGCUUUUAUUUUCCUUGUCCUUCACCCCGUCUGUGGAGACGUGAGCUACUCGAUCCCGGAGGAGAUGAAACGUGGAUCUGUAAUCGGAAAUCUCGCUAAGGAUCUGGGAGUUGAUUUGGGCAGACUGUCUGCACGCAAAGCCCGCAUCGAUACUGAGGAUAACAGUGUGAAGUACUGCGGUGUGAAUCUCAACACCGGAGACUUGAUCGUACAAGAGAGGAUUGACAGAGAGGGGCUUUGUGCCAAAAAGGCAUCUUGUGUUGUGAAACAGGAGCUCGUACUGGAAAAUCCCUUAGAGCUGCACCGUAUUAGUAUCCGCGUUCAAGAUAUUAAUGAUAAUUCACCCCAGUUUAAAGAGGAGUCGCUGAAAUUGGAAAUUCGUGAAUCAGCGGAUAAGGGAGCGCGUUUCCUUCUUGGAGAGGCGCACGAUGGAGACAUCGGAGAGAAUGCUGUUCAAGGCUACUCGCUGCAGCAGAAUGAUUAUUUCAAAUUAAAUGUAAACACAAAAGCAGGUGGGCGAAAAUAUGGUGAGUUAGUGUUAGACAAAGAAUUGGACCGAGAGGACAACAAAGAGAUUACGUUACUGCUUACUGCAUUUGAUGGCGGCUCUCCUCAGAGAUCAGGUACUGUAGUCAUCCACGUUACUGUGCUGGAUGCUAAUGAUAAUGUACCAGUGUUCAGCCAGGCCGUUUACAAAGCCAGUCUGCCUGAGAACUCUCCUCUGGAUACACUGGUGAUCACAGUGAGUGCUACUGAUGCAGACGAGGGAGUGAACGGAGAAGUUAUUUACGGAUUUGAUCAUGUUUCAGAUGAAAAUAACAACGUAUUUUCCUUAGAUUCUAAAUCAGGAGAGGUGAGAGUAGUUGGAGGCAUUGAUUUUGAGAAAGUGUCAUCCUAUGAAAUGCAGAUAAGUGCAAAAGAUGGUCUGGGAUUGGUUUCGUACGCAACGUUAAUUAUUGAGAUUACUGACGUAAAUGACAACGCACCAGUCAUACAACUGAAAUCACUGGCAAACCCCAUACCUGAGAACGUGUCACCUGGUACAGAGGUGGGCAUCAUUAACGUGCAGGACAGAGACUCUGAGAACAACCGACAGGUCCGCUGCUCCAUUCAGCAAAACGUCCCUUUUAAGUUGGUUCCUUCUAUUAAAAACUAUUAUUCUCUGGUGAGCACAGGACAGCUGGACCGUGAAGUGGUGUCUGAUUACAACAUUACAAUCAGUGCCACUGACGAGGGCUCUCCACCUCUGUCCUCGUCUAAAACUGUUCAGUUAUCUGUAGCAGACAUCAACGACAACCCACCUGUGUUUGAGGAGCAGUCGUACAGCGCAUAUGUGAGUGAAAAUAACAAACCUGGCUCCACUUUAUGUUCCGUGAGUGCUCGAGACCCCGACUGGAGACAGAACGGUACAGUGAUUUAUUCUCUGUUGGCCGAUGAGGUGAACGGUGCCCCGGUGUCCUCCUACGUGUCUGUGAACGGAGACACGGGGGUGAUCCACGCUGUGAGGUCGUUUGAUUAUGAGCAGUUGAGGAGUUUUAAAGUCCACGUGAUGGCCCGAGACAACGGUUCUCCUCCUCUGAGCAGCAACGUGACCGUCAGUGUGUUCAUAUCGGAUGUGAAUGACAACUGUCCUCAGAUCCUGUACCCCGCCCCGGAGGGCAACUCGUUCAUGACCGAGCUGGUCCCCAAAGCUGCCCACGGAGGCUCUGUGGUGUCCAAAGUGAUCGCGGUGGACGCGGACUCCGGCCAGAACGCCUGGCUGUCCUAUCAUAUCGUGAAGUCCACUGAUCCGGGCCUUUUCACUAUUGGUGUCCACAGCGGAGAGAUCAGGACACAGCGGGACAUUUCUGAAUCUGACAGCAUGAAACAGAACCUUAUUGUGGCAGUGAAAGAUAACGGCCAGCCCUCUCUGUCUGCCACCUGUUCCAUGUAUUUACUGAUUUCUGACAACUUGGCUGAGGUGCCCGAACUGAAGGAUAUUUCUUUCGAGGAGAAGAAUUCCAAACUGACGUCUUACCUUAUUAUCGCUCUGGUGUGUGUGUCCACGUUUUUUCUGACGUUCAUCAUCAUCAUCCUGGGUGUGAGGUUUUGUCGCAGGAGAAAGCCCAGACUGUUGUUUGAUGGAGCAGUCGCCAUCCCCGGCGCUUAUCUCCCUCCUAAUUACGCAGAUGUUGACGGCACAGGAACUUUGCGCAGCGCUUACAAUUAUGACGCAUAUCUGACGACAGGAUCAAGAACCAGUGACUUUAAGUUUGUGACGUCUUACAAUGACAGCACGCUGCCUGCUGAGCAGACUCUGAGGAAAAGUCCAAGUGACUUUGCAGAAGUGUUUGGAGAUUGUGACGGCUCUCCUGAGGUAGGACCAGAUUUAAGUCACUGAAGUCUCACAAUAAGUAUCCUGAAGAAACCAUUCUUGAGUUUUGGUCAUCCAUCUUUAUUGAGAGGUGGUGAUCUGAUCUCCCUCAGAUUUUAAGUAAUUGCUUAUUUGUCACAGCAUAUACGUCUAAAUUAUAAUUAUCAUUAUUAUUUUCUUUUUAGGUACUGUUAAGCGAUCCCUCAUAAAGCAGCCU